UCAGAACGUUUCUGAGCCGUGUUCUACUUAGUCAAGGACUCAGGCAUGUCCAGCCCUUUCAGACUUCCCAGGCACUGGAAGAAUGUUUAUAUUGUGGGUGCAGAGAGCCUAACUGUAAAACCUGCAUAUCGUGGAAACCACUUCAAGCCAAGGGAUGCUGGAGCCCUUGUUCUAGUGUCUGCGUCCCUAGUUCCAGCACCUGUGGGUUUCUCUGCCUGUCAGCCUGAAGAACUUCUCAGCAACAGCUGCGCCACCUCUGGGCGCACUGGCAAGACAAGUUGAGUAACGUGGCUGGAACCGGAAACAGGCUCUGUCCUGCUUAUGACUCCAGAGUGUUGUCUCAGCCUCCGUGGGCUAAGUGAUGGCUUUUUUUGAGCCUCCCUUCCUGCUUGUUUUCCGUCCACCGGCUCUGCCACUAACAAGAUCCAGACUAUAUUCACCUAAUUUAGCCAUAAUAUAAACAUCCCACAAGUUAACCCCAUCUAGCUCUGCAGGAAACAUCUCAAGAAGUGGUAAAAUGCACAUUCCUUCUUGCAGCUUGACUCCCUGUUACAGUGAUGUUCCCAGGUGGUACGUGUUUUAUAAACACAAGGCAUAGACAGUCAGAGAGAGAGAGACAGAGACAGAGCAAGAGAAAGAGAGAGUGAAAAAGUCUAUUUUCCUGUGUGAAAAGUUCUAUGUCCAGGAGUUCUCAAGCGUUUGACUUUGAAAUCCACUUAUUGCCAACUCUCAAAUUUCAGGUGCUGAGUUUACAAUGUACUAGAAAAGAGCUCAGGGAAUCAAUAUUUCUUAUGUUGAUCCCAGUGCCUGUUAGCUCUCCAGAUAUAGGCGACAGGCUGGCAGAACAGAACCUGAGGAGAACCAGUCAGCUGUGAACCCAGAGAAAGAGAAGCUACUCAAUUUUUGUUUCCUGACCAGUGAUUGAAUGCAGGUGGAUGGGGUGCUGCAUGUUCAGUUCCACUCUAAUCUGAGAAAUUAUCUCUGAAAGAAGAGAAAAGGCAACAUGUGGGUUGACAUGUGUGUGCUAAGGAAAGAAAGUUCCUAACUCCUUGGACCUGGCCAGUACAAGAUGUCAGCUGCCAAUGACACCAAAUUCAAAUUUGCAGUGUUCCUUCUCACCGGGAUACCUGGGCAAGAACACAUCUAUCUCUGGAUCUCCAUCCCCUUCUGCAUCAUGUAUGUUAUUGCAAUUGUAGGAAAUUCAGUCAUCAUAUUCUUUAUAAAAACAGAUGCAAGCCUCCAUGAGCCCAUGUACAUUUUCCUUUCCACGUUGGCCAUCACAGACCUUGGCUUAUCGAUAGUUACCAUGCCGACAAUAAUGGGAGUACUCUGGUUUAACUCUAGGGAGAUCAGCCUAGAUGGCUGUUUUGCCCAGCUGUUCUUCAUCCAUUCGCUUCAAUGCAUUGAAUCCUCUGUGCUCCUGUUGAUGGCCUUUGACCGCUUCAUUGCAAUCUGUAACCCACUGCGAUACACGUCCAUCUUAACCCUGCCGAGAAUAGCCAAGAUGGCUUUGGUGUGUGCGGUAAGAGGGGUGGCCCUAAUAUUUCCACUCCCUUUUCUCGUGAAACGGUUCCAAUACUGUCGAGUGAAUGUCCUCUCCCAUUCCUACUGCCUGCACCAGGAAGUCAUGAAGAUGGCCUGUGCGGACAUCACUGUGAACAACUUGUAUGGCUUGUCUGUUGCACUCUUAACAAUGGGGUUGGACUCGCUGCUCAUCUUGCUGUCUUAUAUGAUGAUCCUCAAAACUGUGCUGAGUGUCACAUCCACCAUGGAGAGCCUCAAGGCCCUGAACACCUGUGUCUCCCACCUCUGUGCUGUCCUGCUCUUCUACAUUCCAGAGAUCGGGCUGGCUCUGAUACACCGAUUUGGGAACAGCUCUUCUUACUUCCUUCAGAUUGCCCUGGGCUACGUCUACAUGCUGGUCCCACCCUUGAUCAACCCGAUCGUGUACAGCGUGAAGAGCAAACACCUGCGUGUGAGGAUCAUCAGGGCAUUCGUUAAGUGAAGGGUUGGUUCACCUCCCAGCUCCUGGACUGGUACCACAGGAGAGGAAAAGCACACGUGGAGACUUAUUUCGUCCUGGAUCUUCUUCCCUUUGUUUUUCCAAUGUAUAAUAUAGUCUCUAUAAGAAUGUAAUAAUGACCCUUAUUCAACAUAAAGGUCCGUAGUGUACCCUGCCAGCCACCCAAGCAGAAAGGAAUUGCCUUGUGCCAUUGGUAAAGAUGCUUCAGUCAGGCUGUUGGUGUCUGUUAGUGAUCUCAAAGAAGGAACAGACCAGAAGAGUCCUUCUGACUCGCUAUGAUCACUCUUCGGCCCGUAGUUAUGAAAGCCUUUAAUCCACUAGGAGAAGCACCUAAAGAGAAGAAACUGAAAUGCCUUGUCACACCUGCUUUGAUGUUAAGUGCUUGGCGUACAUGGGGCAUUGUUCUGUAGGAAGAUUCCCCCACCAAAGAGAGGAAAGAAUCUAGUUGAGAGGGUAAAUGUCUACUGUAUCAAUCCCGAUUCUUCUUGGCCACCCUCUCGUCUUGUUUAGGGCCUAUCAGCCUUCCAAGGAGCAACUAGUUCAGCAAGAUUUGGAUCCAUGCAAGACAAUGAUUCCCUAGAUGCAUAGAAUUUCAAGUGAGAAGGAGCCAUUGGAUCAUUUAAUCCAGAUGUUCUCAAUGUAGGGGGUGCAACUUGUUGGGGUGUGUUGAAUGUAUUUGGAGGGGGUGAGGAUGAGAAGAUUUAGUGAAGAAAAAAAUCCAGUGUGCAUUUUAAAGCAUAGCAGUGAAUAACUAGCCACGUUCCUCUAGUCAAAUCCAGUCCCAAGAUGACCCUGGUUGAUUGAUUCUAGGUGGUGCCAUGCAUUUUUGGAGGAUUGCUGUUAAGCUUGUGUGGGAUUAUGCCAAAUUGUUGACAUCUGUACACAGACCCAUUUGUUACAGCACGUUUUGCACAUUUUGUUGUAAGCAGGGGCCACACUCCUGAGGUUUCAUUUGCUCUUUUUUUUCUGGAAGAUCAUUGGCUCAUUCAAUCAAGAAAUAAAAAUCUCAAGUAAAA